UAGCGCGGCAGUAGAGCGACGAAACGUUAGGUGGAGGAAGCCAGCCCAGCCACUCGCUGCCAGUCCACCCACAACAGACGGUGAGUGAGUCCCGCUCAGGAUGUGCUUCGCUGAUGCUGUUGCUGGCACCGCUUCACGUGUCACCGAACCACACGCACGUACUUGAUCGCCUCUCUAUCUCGUGCUCAAGGAAAUGAUGCCAGAGAGCAAUACUAGAUAAGCGUCCAGUCAGCUGCGAGCGAGCGAGUGCACCAGACACUUCCUCUGAAACACACGCCACACACAGACAGACACGCGCGCUCACCUAACACUCGCCCGGACACUGAUCAUGACUACCUAACCGAGCCCUACCAACACACAAAGGUACAGGAGGACAAGUAACUCAAGAACAGUAAUCCUCUCAAGUCAGAACACAGAAGGGAUUCAAGUCAAAGCCGUCACGAGGACUUAGCAACGGUCACCAUGGACAAGAACCUGCCGUGGGUCACCAAAGUCAGCUAUGGUGUGGGUCACGUUUUCAAUGACCUCUGUGCCUCCAUGUGGUUCACCUACUUGCUCCUCUUCUACCAAAAUGUUCUUCAGUUCGACAACACGCUGGCGGGGCUCAUCCUCCUUGUGGGCCAAAUAGCAGACGGGAUCAGUACGCCAAUAGUGGGCAUCUUCUCAGACAAGGAGAACAAAAUACCCAUCUGUGCCCGCUAUGGAAGGCGGAAAACGUGGCAUCUUAUGGGCACUGUGCUGUGUUUCAUCGCCUUUCCCUUCAUCUUCAACGUGUGUCUGGGCUGCGAGGACCUGGACGACUGGGCAAAGUUCGGCUAUUACUUCAUCUUCGUGGUCAUCUUCCAGUUUGGUUGGGCGUGCGUUCAAAUCUCCCACUUAGCGCUCAUUCCUGACCUCACCACGCGGAAGUGUCAAAGGACGGAGCUCAACUCUAUCAGGUACGCCUUCACAGUGCUAGCCAACCUGAGUGUCUUCACCAUCACCUUCUUCUCCCUCAACACUGGCCAGCCGGGACCGGAGCACAUCACUGGCGGGGACUCCUACGGCAAUGACACCUACAAUGACACCUCCACGCCCUUCACCACCGACCCUUACUACGCCUCCACCUCCAGCGGCGGCACUGCAGAACCCACCUCCGCAAACCACAUUGGCCCAGAAGACGCCGCCAGCUUCAGGAACAUUGCCCUCAUCUGCUGCGGGAUCGGGGUUGUGUUCUCCCUCAUCUUCCACAUCGGGGUGAAGGAGCCGCCCUUCAUCCCCCACAAGAAGCGGUGCGAGCUGCCACCUUCCAGCGACGGCGAGAAGAGGGAUCCAUCGCCCGCUAAGAUGAGGAAAAUUGACUGGUUUAAAGAGCUUCCCUUCUACCAGAUCGCUGUCUUGUACAUGGCCACUCGUCUUUACGUCAAUCUGUACCAGGCCUACAUCCCGCUGUACGUGCAGGACACACUGAGGCUGGACCAGACCUUCCUCGCCCUGGUGCCCUUCGCUAUGUACCUCGCAGGCUUCACUGGUUCGUUGCUCAUGAAGGAGAUCAACAAAAAGAUUGGAAGGAAGAGGACCUUCGCUCUGGGCUGCUGUGUAGGCAUUGCGGGCUGCGUGUGGCUGUGGUUCGGGGAGGGCAGUUACUACGAGGAGUGGGGCAUCUUCCUGGUGGGGGCGCUGCUGGGUAUUGGCGGCUCCACACUACUCAUCACCUCGCUCUCCAUCACUGCUGAUCUCAUUGGGGAGAACGUGGAGGGAGGCGCCUUCGUGUACGGCUUCAUGAGUUUAGUGGACAAGUUCUCCAAUGGAAUUAUCAUCAUGAUCAUCCAGGAGUCCAACCCAGAAGAGCCUUGGUACUACAGAAGCGUCAUCACCUUCGCGUGUGGGUCUGCCUGCGCCCUCGGCAUUGCUGUGGUCAUUUCCCUCAUGAACGUCAGGAUUGGACAGUCACGGUCACGAGACGUGGCUCUCUCCAUCUUCGAGGACAGCGAUACAUCCACCACCACCACGGCAGAGGGCGGCGGCUCCUCCCCUGCUAAGUGUGGCCUGGACAACCCGGCUCUUAACAUUAUUAGCGAAGUGUCAAUCCAGUCCAUCCCUCCCCCUACAGUCAAUGGCACCUGCUGUAAAGACAAGCUCCCCCAGAACUCCUCCCAAACUCAGGAAAACACCAAGUACUAGACACAAACUAGAUGCCAUCAUGUUAAUCAUACUAAGCGCCACACUGCACUCUCCGUGUGACAGCGGGGAGUGAUUCUACCUAUAUCAUAAGCAUUUUUUAUAUAUAUCUUAUUAUGUCACUAGUUUGUAAGCCUCGAUUCGUGAUACCGUUUGUAUAUUUACUCUCAUGAAGCGUAUGAGAGAGAGAGAGAGAGAGAGAGAGAGAGAGAGAGAGAGAGAGAGAGAGAGAGAGAGAGUGUGUGUGUGUGUGACGCUAGCCAAGUAAGCUAUCUUUAACCACACGUUAUUUGAAGCAUCAUUACUAGGUUGAUCACAAAUGACAGUGGUGUUUUGGGUCUCCAUGUCCGUCAGGGAGGAUUGGCUGGCGGGUCGUCUUUCAGUCACCAGUCGCCAGUCACCACGCGGCAUUACACAGUACACACACACAGCCACAGCAAUGAUGAAGGAGUAACAAUGACACGGCUGCCUUACCUUAACCCAACAAGUAGUUCGUCUGUGCACUGGUUGUCCUACAGCUGGCGCCUGGGAGGGUGGUGGUGGUGGUGGUUGUGGUGUUGGUGGUGGUGUACACCACCUUAGCACACUGAUAACUUUCCACCACCAUCAUCACUACCACUGUUUUCCUCGUAUGUGAUAGUGAUGAAUACACACACACACAUCAACGUCCUAGCUUGUUAGUAUGACUCGACAAUAACAAUCAAGCUUAUUUUUCUCAUUAAUUCAUGUCAUAGUGAUAAAAACAACGCAAAAUCAUCCUUAGUGAGCAUAAUUGUUUUUGGCGCGCGUCUUUAGUGUUGCUAUGAUAGCCUAACCACUCAUCACUUAUCACAAUCACUAUUUUCCCGUUCAUUCAUGAGAUAGUCAUAAUGUAGUCCACAAAUAUCAAUCACGUGCUUCAUGGCCGGCGCGUUCUUGAUGUGUGUGUGUGUGUGUGUGUGUGUGUGUGUGUGUGUGUGGCGUCAAUCACUAGCACAUGAAGGAACAGGGAAAAGAUAACUCAGGUGGACGUCACUCACUACACGGCGGGAACACUGGGCACUGUCAGGCGGCCGCGGCAGCCUCACUGGUCGCUUACUGCACCAAACACACAUGCAUUUGGCUGCCAUUACUCCAUUAUUCCAGAUGCUAUUUACCGUGUCAUAUCUUCAAUACACCUGUGAUUACCAUUGUGAUUAGGUGAGUUACUGAACGCUCUUACUAAUAAGCUGUAUGAUGGAAGCGACCUGCGUACAGCUUAUUUAAUUGUAUUUUUACCUCCUCAUAUACCGUGUCCUCUUACGGAGCCAAGUCACGCGUGUCACAUGUUGAUAAGUUAUUUGGUAUAGAUAAUACUUUAUAAUAUUGUAUUAAGAGAUAUUUUAUAUACGACUGUGUGAAUGUACUAUUUAUAUUCUAUUACUGUAUUACGUGUGUGUUAGGUGUGUGUGUGUGUGUGUGUGUGUGUGUGUGUGUGUGUGUGUGUGUGUGUGUGUUUGUUGUUUCAAUGUAACGCACAGCUUGGAAUUUAGUUUGUAUUCAAUAUGCUAGGAAGAAAACAGUACAAAAAUUAAAAAGAAAAACGAUACAA